CUUGAAUCGAAGCUAACUACCACCACUAUCGAAAUUUCUCGGGCAAAAGGUCGUGCGCAUGCGUAGCAAUUCAGGAACGCCGGUACCCCUCAGUUUUUUUCAAGUUCUUGGCCUGUCUGCCGACCAAAAAUCAUCCAAAAUGAACAGCUGUGCAAAGAUCUGCUCUUCUGCUUCACAAGCUCUGAUUGCAAGGAAUUCAAGAGCAAUUGCCAGACCCCUCUGUGCAGCAACUAGCAAUACAGAUGUCAGUUCAAAGAGGACACUAGCCUCAUACAGCAGCCUAGCAGGGCUUAGCAGUGCAAUGAGUGUAAAGAGUCCAGAGACACUUGUUAGUCAAAUUGUGAGCCGUGGCUUCCAGACGUCUGUUCCACAACGUGAUGUAGAAGCCGCAGCUAAGUUCAUCGGCGCAGGUGCUGCCACCGUAGGACUCGCUGGCUCAGGAGCUGGUAUCGGAACAGUUUUCGGAAGCUUGAUCAUCGGCUAUGCCCGCAACCCAUCACUCAAGCAACAGCUAUUCACAUACGCCAUCCUUGGCUUUGCCCUCUCAGAAGCCAUGGGUCUCUUCUGUCUUAUGAUGGCUUUCCUGAUUCUCUUUGCAUUGUGAGCAGCAUUGUUCAAUAGCUUUGUUGUACACAGUUCAGCCAUGCCCAUUUGUUUCAUAAGUAUAUAAAAUAUUAGAGACCAUAUUGUGAAUUACAUUCUGCUUGAUUGGUCUUCAAAGAGAGAGAGUUCUAGUGAAUGUUCUGAAAAGAAAUGAUUGCGAGUUCUGUGUAAAUUUUAUAGCAUUGGUUAUUGACAAGACAAAUUAUAUGAUUUUCCCAAAAUAACUGUUAUGUUACCGAGGCAUAGCCUUGUUGACCAAUCAAUGCACCGAUGUCCUCCACAUAUUUAAAUUAAUACUUUCUGGACAUGCAGUGCUUCAUGACUGUUGACUGCAUGGGCAGCAAUUGUUCGAAAAACAUCUUCAAUGAAUUGUGUUCUGUGCUGUCACAUUUGUUACAGUUACUUUACAUUGUUGUUUUGUAACAUCAAUCUUCACUCUUGUAGGGAAAUGCUCAGUCAGGGAGGGGGGCUAGAUGGCGUGCGAUAUUAUAUAUGUAUAGCCGAUAUAUUUCCUGUAUAAUUCCCUUGGCACUCUACUGCGGUCCAAAUACCUUGUGCGGUGUACAGUCUGUUGGUGCAGUACUGCCAUUAUCAGAAGACAGUUGCAAACUGAUCUAAGAAAUGUGGUCUCGGUUUAUAAAGACGAUUAAAGAGUGAUUAUAACUUGAAA